CUCUUUCCUGCGCCAGAUUCGAAUUUCCACAGACAGUCCGAAUCAAUAUAUUUAAUAUUUAGAAGAUGGGUAAAUCUCAAUCGAAGCUCUCUGCAGAGCAAAUCACCGAACUCCAGAAAUCUACUCACUUCGAUAAGAAGGAAUUGCAACAAUGGUAUAAAGGUUUCUUGAAGGACUGCCCAUCUGGGAUGCUCACUAAGGAGGAAUUCCAAAAGAUCUACCGACAAUUCUUUCCAUUCGGAGACCCAUCGUCCUUUGCAGACUACGUGUUCAAUGUUUUCGAUAGCGACAAGUCAGGUUCAAUUGAUUUCAAAGAGUUUAUUUGCGCCCUCAGUGUGACCAGUCGAGGAAAGAUGGAGGACAAAUUAGACUGGGCAUUCCAGCUUUAUGACAUUGAUGGAGAUGGAAAGAUAAGUUAUGAAGAGAUGUUAGCGAUUGUAGAGGCAAUUUACAAGAUGGUUGGCUCAAUGGUCAAACUUCCACCUGAUGAGGAUACCCCUGAAAAGCGGGUCAAGAAGAUCUUCCGUAUGAUGGACAAGGAUGAGAAUGGCAGUCUGGACAUGGAAGAAUUCAAAGAAGGAAGUAAACGUGAUGAGACGAUUGUAUCUGCACUUUCGCUCUACGAUGGUCUUGUCUAAUGGAUCUUCAUGGAGGAAUCUCUUUUCGGUGCUGAAGGUGCAAAGGGGUGUCAAGAAAUUAGAUAU